GGAAAAAAAGGAAUAGUGAAAUACAAAGUACUAUAGUACUACAUUUUAAUAAUAAGAAGGGAAACCUAGCAUUGCCAGGCGAAGAUGGCUACAUUUAGCCCUUGUGCUGCGUGCAAAUUUCUCCGGCGCCGAUGCGUCGAACAUUGCCUGUUAAAGCCUUACUUUCCACCAACUGAGCCGUUGAAGUUCGCCGUGGUUCAUAAAAUCCUUGGAGCGAGCAACAUCAUCAAGUUGCUGCAGGAACUUCCGGAAAUGCAACGAGCAGAUGCAGUUUGCAGCCUGGUAUAUGAAGCGAAUGCAAGGAUUAGAGAUCCAAUUUAUGGCAGUGCUGGUGUGAUUUCAAGUCUUCACGAGCAAAUGACUAAGCUCCAAGCAGAAGUUGCUUUGGCACAAGCAGAGAUCUCGGAUUUACAUUGCCAGAAUGCCAAUUUGAUGGCUUUAAUCUCCAAAGAACAUUCAUCAUUUCAGGAUUCUACCAUUUUGCCAUAUGAUGAUAAUUGCUAUAUUGGUGAAACAUCUUGGGAGUCUUUCUGGUCAUGAGAAUUGCAUUACUUCAUGAAAUUAAAUACACUUACAAUAUUUGUAGCAUUCAAUGUCCUUAGCUUCAAAGUUCAUUUAUUUAUUUUACAAAGGACACAACAUUACUACUCUUACUGAAUCACAACGGUAAUUGGU